CACACUCGACACUAGUCAGCUCAGGUCUCCUAGUAAGCAGCAAACCCUUAGUCCAGCUUACCGCCACGCCGUCUCAAUCUCUGUAUGCAGCAGCCAUUGGUAAUCCUCCAUCCUUUCUCAGGUUUUUAGGUCGCAGAUGACGAUCUAGAGUCUAGACUAGGUUAACAAAAAGGAAGAAGCAUAUAUAUUAUUUUUAGAACAAGUCUUGCAAACAAUGGACAAGAAAAAUAUUAACACCUAUGAGGAAGCUCGUAAACAGCGUCUUGAAGAUAACAAUAAGCGUUUUCAGGAUUUAGGCAUCUUGAAAAUUGCAAAGAGUCUAUCGAAUCUCAAAACACCAGAAAAGAAAUCUGUGCAACGAGUUCAAAAGUCGAGAUCAGAAAAUAUCUACGCAAAACAGCCAAGGCGUUCUUGCCGUGAACGCAAUCCAGUGCCUUCGUAUUGUGAAGAACUUGAUAUAGCGCUUCCACAAGUGCGAAAAAGAUCAAAGAUUAGUUCUUCUUGGGCAAGCUAUAUAGCAAGGCCAUUGGAUGAAAUAAAAACAGCUUCAUACGAAGAAAGGCAAAAGGCAAUCAAGUGUGCAGAUUCAUUGCAAAUCAAGCUGUCUUCUUCUUCGAAUGAUCCAUCUUUUGUGAAAUCCAUGGUCCGGUCUCAUGUUUAUAGUUGCUUCUGGUUGGGUCUGCCAUCAAGAUUCUGCGAAACUUAUCUGCCUAAAGAUACUGUGGAUAUAGUAUUGGAAGAUGAGAAAGGGGAAGAGUAUAAUGCAGUUUAUAUUGGAAAAAGAGCAGGUCUUAGUGGUGGGUGGAGAGGAUUUGCAUUAGAACACAAACUUGAUGAUGGUGAUGCUCUAAUUUUCCAAUUGGUACAACCCCAAAGGUUCAAGGUUUACAUAGUUAGGGCAUUUGAUUGCUGGAAUGGAGAUGAGACUCCUGAAGCUGAAACCAAGGAGGAGGAGGAGGAGGAGGAGCUUGUAGUAAUAAAGAGUAAUGAAAAAGCAGAAGUUACCAGAAGAACUUCAACUAGGAAGAAGAACAACAACUGAGUGUGAAGAUAAUACUUCAACUCUAUCAGUAGUGUUUUCUUUUUAUUUUGUGACAUGAAUUUGCUUGCAUGCACAGUCAAUACUCUUCUUGUUUCCUUUUAUGAUCUGCAUUAGCCCAUCAGAUUGAAACAAAAUCUAGU